AUGAGAAAUGAUGAAAUUCUAAUAAGAAACAUUAAUAUAUUAGAAGAAGUGGGUAAUAAUUUGGUAGAAAUUCUAAAAAAUUUAGAAAGCAUUUUAUAUCACUUAGAACCAUUAAAUAAUUAUGAGGAAAAAGAAGAUGAUAUAUUUGCAAAUUUAACUGAAAAGAAAAAUGAUAUAAUACUUUUAUCAAAUGUAUUAUAUAAUAAUAUUAAACAUGUUAAUAAUGUUCUACAUGAUUUUAUUAAAACCGUAUCUCCUUCAUAUACUUACUAUAAUUCAUUUUAUUAUAAUGAUUUCCUUAUUAUAAAAGAAAAAAAAAAAUAUGAAAAAAGAGAAAAUGAAAAAGAAAGUAUAGAAGAUAACAUAAAAAGUAUAGAAGAAAGAUCUUUAAUUGUAAAAAAGAGAAGUAAUUUAAAUGAUGACAAAUUAAUUAAUAAUAAUGAAAUAAUAGAGGGAAAUGAAAAUGCUAUUAGAAUAAAUAAUAAUUUAAAUAUGAUAAAAAAUGAUGAUUUUUUAUCACACAUCAUUGAAGAAAAUACUGAUACUUCAAAUAAAAAUGAAUGUAAAGACAUAGAAGAAUCCUUAUAUUUUUCUUUCCUUAUAGACUUAGAAUAUGCAAAUUUAUUAUAUAUGAAAAAAUAUGAGGAAAAAAUUGAAAAGUAUUUAGUUGAAAUGGACUAA